AUGGCCUCAUACGACGAGAAUGGGGGCGACGCCCAGUUUGGUGGGAGGUUUAACAAGAACUUCGAUGGUCCCGUCGGACCCCGUCGGCCAAGACUGGUCACGGACUAUGGAUCUUCAAUGGUACAAUGGAUGCGCACGCGACGACCCCGCUACCAAGGUGGACAUCGAAUGGAGGUGGAAAGACCAAGUGCCAGCUUCACGGUUGAUGUCGUUCCGCCCGUUGGAAGGAUUCACUCUCCGGUCGAUACUAUUCCAGUCCGACAUCUCCAUCAAUCCAUUGGAAAGUCAAAAAAGCCAAUCGUUGUGGUGCGAUGGACUCCCGAAGGCAGGCGGCUGUUGACCGGCGGUCAUACCGGCGAGUUCAUGCUUUGGAAUGGCACAGCGUUCAACUUUGAGACAGUUAUGGAUGCGCAUUACGAUCAAAUCCAAGCCGGAGUUACUUCACUGGCGUGGUCUCAUAGUCACGAUUGGCUGAUAUCGGGUGGGCAGAGGGGAGAUGUUAAAUACUGGCGACCAAACUUCAACAACGUCGAAACGAUUGAUGAUGCUCACCAUGACGCGGUCCGAGAUCUGGCCUGGGCUCCCAGUGAUGCUAAAUUCCUCUCUGCAUCCGACGACACGACUCUCAAGAUCUUCGACUUUACCACCCGAACCUGCGAUACCGUACUGACUGGACAUAAUUGGGAUGUCAAAUCAUGCGACUGGCAUCCCACCAAAGGUCUGUUGGUUUCUGGCUCGAAAGAUCACCAAGUCAAGUUCUGGGAUCCAAGGACGGCCCGAUGCCUCACGACGCUCCACAGUCACAAGAACACAGUCACCGCGACUCGAUUCUCACGAGUCAAUAACAAUCUCCUAGCUACGUCGUCGCGGGAUCAGACGGCGAGGGUGUUUGACCUACGAAUGAUGCGCGAUAUUUGCAUUCUACGCGGCCAUGAGAAGCCGGUUUCUUCUCUAACGUGGCAUCCAAUUCACAGCAAUUUGAUUUCUACGGGCGCAGAGGAUGGGUCACUCUACCACUAUCUUCUUGACGAACCCAACCUACCCAGUGGUGCUGUUCCUACUGUUGCGCCAUAUGACAGUCCAGACCCUGCAAACACACCCCCGCAGGUAAUCUAUCCUGCUCACCGCGUCCAGUACGCCCAUGGAGCUACUAUCUGGUCUCUAGAUUGGCACCCGUUAGGUCACAUUCUUGCUUCUGGGUCUAAGGACAAUUUCACUCGAUUCUGGUCCCGGACUCGACCCGGUGAAACUAGCUACAUGAAAGAUCGCUUCCACAUCGGCGAAGAGGCUGCAGAAGCCCAAGGAACAUGGAAUCGCGGGUUCGGUCGCAAGCAAAUGCGCGAAGAAGAAGAACAAGAGAUGCAAGAUGAGGCUGAUAGCCUGGUUGAUCAAAAGCUGCCUGGUGGGCCCUCUCUACCCGGAAUUCAGGGUGGACCUGGAGCGGCUCCUCCUGAAGGCGCCGGUCUACUACCGGGUAUUGGUGCAGCCCAGCCACCACCUCCAGGAUUACCAGGUGCCAUGGGUGGAAUGGAUCCUGGUCGUCUGGCAGCAAUUAUGUCCUCUCAGCCUCCGCCGCCUCCACCCCAGCAGGGCCCUCCGAGUGGCGGGAUGCCCGGGUUUCCUAUGCUUCCCGGAAUGGGUGGGGCUCCACCUAUAAACAUGGACAUGGCACAGUUUCAAAAGCAGAUGAUGGCUCAGGGUAUACAGAUGCCUCCAAAUCUCAAUCUCCAGAACAUGGCUUCCGCAAUGGGCGGCUUGCCUGGAUUGCAAGGUGGCAUGCCAGACGGCGGACGUCGAUAG